CAGCCGGAGGGGACGGACAGGGACGGCGCAGGUGGGCCCCAGGCUGCCCGCGGCUGCGCUCUUAGGAUUCGCGGAGCCGUGGUGCCUCCGUGUUACUCAGCCCCAAAGGCGCGAACAGGGCAAGCACACGAGUGGGGCGCCCCGCGCCGAAUACAAAAGGGACCGGCCAGGUCGGGAGGAAGUGGGGAGCUGCGAUUUGAGAAGACCCCACUUGCAAAGGCGGAGGAGUUGUCGGAGCGCGCCCAGACUCCCCCAGGAGGCCUCCCGGGUCCUCCUUCGCACUCGGAGUGGCCCGAUGCCCCGCCUGCUCCGGGAGCUCUCGUGCGCAAAUCCUGCCGCCCGACUUCUGAGGCCGACUCUCUGCCUACCCAGAUCGGCCCAGUCACCUUGGCGCUUCGGCACUGGCCCCCCCAGGUCACACUGGUCCCAUACCACAGACAUCUUGCUCUCUGAGGUUGAGUUUGUGGCCUAUCUUGAUGCUUACCUUUGGCCACUGCCUCAUGCUGUGGUCUUCCACCAAGGACCACCUGCACUGAGCUGUUCCCAGAUGUCAGCCACUAUGGGCCAAUGCUACUAUAAUGAGACCAUCGGCUUUUUCUACAACAACAGUGGCAAGGAGCUCAGCUUUCACUGGAGGCCCAAAGAUGUGGUUGUGGUGGCCCUGGGGCUGACAGUCAGCGUACUGGUGUUGCUGACCAACCUGCUGAUUAUAGCUGCUAUUGCCUCCAACCGUCGCUUCCACCAGCCCAUCUACUACCUGCUUGGUAACCUGGCUGCUGCUGACCUCUUUGCUGGUGUGGCCUACCUCUUCCUCAUGUUCCACACAGGCCCACGUACUGCCCGGCUCUCCAUCAAAGGCUGGUUCCUGCGACAGGGUCUGCUAGACACCAGCCUGACUGCUUCAGUGGCCACUCUGCUGGCCAUCGCAGUGGAGCGGCACCGCAGCGUGAUGGCUGUGCAGUUGCACAGCCAACUGCCCCGGGGACGUGUGGUCACACUUAUUGUGGGCGUGUGGGUGGCUGCCCUGGGCCUGGGGCUACUGCCUGCCCACUUCUGGCACUGCCUGUGUGCCCUGGACCACUGCUCACGUAUGGUGCCUCUUUUCCACCGCUCCUACCUGGCCGCAUGGGCCCUGUCCAGCCUACUUGUCUUCUUGCUCAUGGUAGCUGUAUACACCCGCAUUUUCUUCUAUGUGCGAAGGCGGGUACAGCGCAUGGCUGAGCAUGUCAGCUGCCACCCCCGCUACCGAGAGACCACUCUCAGCCUGGUGAAGACCGUGGUCAUCAUCCUGGGGGCAUUCGUGGUGUGCUGGACACCAGGCCAGGUGGUGCUGCUCCUGGAUGGUCUAGACUGUAAGUCUUGCAAUGUCUUGGCUGUGGAGAAGUAUUUCCUGCUCCUGGCUGAAGCCAAUUCAUUGGUGAACGCUGUGGUAUACUCCUGCCGGGAUGCUGAGAUGCGCCGUACCUUCCGCCGCCUCCUCUGCUGCGGGUGUCUCCGCUGGCCCACCCACAAGUCUGCCCACUAUACAGCCUCUGCCAGGACAAGUGCUAGCACUCGAAUCAUACUUCCUGGGAACGGCCACCCACUGAUGGAUUCCACACUUUAGCUACCUUGGACAUGGACAAGAAGCAUCAGGCGCCACAUCUGCGACCUUCACAAACCUGUCAAGCCCCUGGCUCAACUCCACCAGCAGGGCAGCCAUAAAAGACAGACAUGUGGUCUGGCAUGGUCCCUCCACUGUCCCCAGGCCCACAGCUCUUCCUGUCCUGGGUCAUAGGGAUUGGGGUUAUCACCAAGUACGUGGGAGAGAGUGAGAUGGGAUGUGAGAAUCUGGGUCUUCAAUUACCUCAGGUUUUAAGCUUUUCUUAAUGGACAUUUUUGUAUUUGUAACUGCACAUCUCUAGUAUAUUCCGUGGACUGCUUAUAGUGCUGUGAGUAUUCAUGGGGGAAAAGAGAUAAAAGAGCUGUUCCAACCCAUGUUGCCCAGUGUGAAAAAAUGGCAAGGAUGAAUCAUGGAUACACUGUCUUCCUCAA